GGUGCCGUUUGAAAGAGAUACGUACGUUGUAGCGAGCGGAUUUGCGUGAUGAGCCGCUGUGAGGUGCGUGAGUAACGAGGACCUGGUGCUGAUCAAGUGUUGCGACGUAAGCGACGACGCGGGCUGGUCGAUCCUGUCCAGCCGGCAGCAUGUUUCGUUCGAGAAAGGACGUGGACCGCCACGUGCAGAAGCUCUUCUGCCAACUGCGGAACGAAAACGAGAAAAACCUUCGUUGUUACAAUGUUGCCAAACUGUAUUAUCAAGUAGGUGAUUAUGAAACCGCGAAAAGAUAUGUAUUUAAUUACUUAGAAGUACGAGAUAAUUCUGCCAGUGCGCAUAAGUUGUUGGGUCAAGCAUAUGAAGCCCUCAAUCAGAAGGAAGCAGCUUUUAAUGAGUACAAAACUUCCCUUGAACUUGAAGCAAGGCAGGAUGAUUUGGUUUUGAAAGUAUGUGAAUUACUGGUUGACAUAGACAUAGCCAUGGAUGUGAGUAAACUCAAAUAUUGGGUAGACAGAGCUGAUAAACUGUUUCCACAUCACCCAGUAAUUUUUCAAUUAAAGGAAAAGUUGUUGACUAUAGAUAAACCUCACAACAACAGCGAGGAUCUUGAGGCGCUUAUUGCAUCUGAAUUGGCUGCGAGACCGACUGAUGUGCAACUUCGCAUCAAAUUGCUAAAUUAUUACAUGUCCGAAUGCAAAUUGGAUAAAGCUUAUGAACAUGCCAUAAGUGUAGAAGCUACUAUUCCUCACAGGGACAGUAUUGCGUGGUAUCAGCUACUGUACGAGUUACUAACAAAGUACAAAGAGACUAAAUCCAAUGAUUGGUCCUUUUGGUUUUAUUAUAUUUCUGUAUUGGAUAAAAAUGCGGGACUGUGUCUCAAGGAGCAAAGUAGCGAGAUGAAAAAAAGCAUUCCAGAGGCAGCUCAGGCAAUAUUUAAUUUUGACCAAAAUUUGAACGAGUUUAAGUCUAAAAAGUUUUCUAAGCAACACAGCUUCACGGAGCAUCUGCUUAUGCACAUGUGGGGUCAGUUGCACUUCCAUUUGGCAUGCUUGCUAUUGCGCAAAACGAAACGCGAGCAGGGCAGUUGGAAUGAAGCAGGAAGACUGUGCUCACCUUUAUUAUUGACCGCGUUACAUGUGGCGCCGUUGGAAAGCCGUAUUCGCAUACAAUUGGAGGCUGAAGGAUUUAAAAAUCAUUUUAACAUAUGGGUCAUAGAGGCGGCAUAUCGAUGUUGCCAAGCUGGUUACAUUCUUCGAGACUAUGCUAGAGAUGAUAUGAAAAAAUUAAUGGAUAGAAUUGAUAAAUUUUGUACAGGACAAUGGAGAGAGCGUAUUUAUCAGAGAAUUUUUGUAACCAGGUCACAUCUUGAUCACAUGCGGAAUUCAUUCUUUUGUCAUUUUGAUUCAGCUCCUGACCACCCACCUCUACGUAUGUGUACCGCAAAUCAGCUAAGAACUUAUAGUCAAAUUGCACAAGAAGUAUGGCCUGCUUCAUUGCACCAUCAAAUCUGGCUUGGGAUGGAGAAUCGACCUCAGCAUAAAGAUGUUCCACACCCGGAUCAGACCUCGCGUGUGUUUCCAGUGUUACAGUUUUCGGUAUUCAACACGAAUCAGGCGGCACCCGACAGUCUGUGUCUUAUCGAUAUCGAUGCAUUUCUUAAUGCAGCAAUACUUUGCUCAUCCGCCAUUCUAGAAGAGCAACAACUUGGUAGCUUCAUGAAUCCGGAGAAACUGCCGACGCUGCCUGUUGAUCUUACUACAACGCUGUCCACUAGUAAUCAGGAAAAAUGGUGGUCGGCGGCAUAUAAGAUGUACUCGAAGCGAGAGGAUGCAGACGGUAAUAUCGGUGAGCUACGACAGGAAUUGCAACAAGGUUUGGAAAUCAUUCGCUGUAUCGGUAAUCACGGUAUGCAUCCAGCAUUGUUGGUACAUCUGGCGCGCAUGUUUCAUUAUCGCGCGAAGACGAUGAAAGAGAAGGAUGAGGCGAGCGGAAAUAUCUCUAAAUGGGAGGCGCGUUCCGAGCUGUACUGGACCGCCGCUCUACCGCUAUUGGAGAGACUGCAGAACAAUCAAACAUUACGUAUGUCUCCCUCGAAGUUGUUCAAUUAUCAGGGUAAAGAGAUGAACAAUUUCGAGCUAACUAACGCCCUCGAAGAGGGCAAAUUGUUGUUGGCUCAGCGACUCGUACACGACAAACAAUAUGAGCAAGCAAUCGAUGCGCUGGAGGCACUCAAGUGUCCAGAAGCAUCGUUCCAGCUGGCGCAGAUCUACAAGAUUUUUGCGGACGAGAUAGUGAAUUCCACGCCACGUGAGAGCUUAACAUCAGAGAUGCGAUCGCAGCAUGUUAUAAUGCUAUCGAAGGCUAAGAGCAGCUACUACCUUACGCUCGACCGACUUCGUAAUCCAGGCACGAAUCCUAAACAUCCAUUGAACUCCGUGCUCGGCACUCACAUCACCGACAUUGAGAAUGAGCUAAAGAGAAUAGACCCGGAUCUAGGCAGGGGUGAUUUGAGUAGGAAUGACAUCGACUGUAUAUCCGACGAGAGUUAUUCGCCCACUCAUAGCGCCGUGGAUCAGCCGGUCACAAAUCCGACACUACCGAUGCUCACGACUCUGACCGGAGGUUCGAACAUGCUUAGUACCCCUCAGAGGAAUGCUCAUCGUACACCAAAACAUGCCAGCACGCCAUGCAGAUUGCAGGAUUACUUGAAUGUGUCAAAGAAUCGCACAGAGGCACGCCCGAGCCCGGAGCGUCUUGACGCACAAAUACGUCAGAUUAUGCAAUCCCGAGACAAUGAAGUGCAGGAACUGAUGGAACAGAUGAAAAACAUGAUGAUACAAAUGAAAUCGUUAACUGAUAAAAUGGAUACUCUGACUAAGGAGGUGGUAGAAUCACGCAAAGAGACUCAAAAGCAGCAGCAGCAGCAGCGUAUACAACAGCAACAGAAUGUGAAUCCCGCUGUCGAUCCUGAAGAUUACUACGUUCUCGACGACGACGAGUACGUCGAUUUGAACUAUCAGAAUCAAUCAGCGUCUUCUAUUUCUGGUAAUAUAUUUCAAUCGCAGCCUGCCCGACCUCCUUACCCGUCGCUAAUUUAUCCUCCUGGGACGAUCCAGUAUUAUCCUCAGGCAGGAUUGCCGUUUCCCGAUCCGAACCUGUAUCCGCACCCUGUCUACCCGAUGCCGAUACUGUAUCCUAAUCAGAAAGUACCGGACAACCCGCUGCAACAAGGCCUCUUUGCGUCAACGCUUUCCUCACAAUUGCCCGAUCUCAUGCCGGCGCCUCCGACGAAUUCGUCGUUACAGCUUUCAAUUAAGCAAAAGAUCGAAACGCCGUCGCAAACCAAACCCGAAGCAACAACAGUGACGGCCACGACGAUCAUCAAAGACGCACCAGUGAACAAAGCGCCUCCUGUGAAUGUGGUCAUCACGACAUCCGACACACUACCGACCACGGUUCCGUCCACCCAACCGACUCUGAGCGUUACCAUACCGCCGCAGUACCGAUCGGGAGGUGGAACAGCUGCCACCUUCUCUACUACACCAAUAACGACGACGAAAUCGUCGUCUUCCAACGUGCCGCAUUGCUAUCAGAUUCCCAUGCCCUCGCAGGCCACUAUACCAACUACCGUCAACUUACCGCCAACAUCAACUUAUGUAACCCCAGCUAACGUCAAUGUACCGAUUUAUGCCAAUUUAACAACAUCACCAUCUAUUGUAACUCAUACAAUCAGCGGUGCUUUACUUCAAGAUAAUGCUACUAGUAAGAUACAUGACAAGACUGAUAAUACCACUAAAUCUACCUUCGAGUCUUUGAUCGAAUCGCCGAAUACAUCCACGGAGAUGUGCGAGCAGGAACACGAUCCGAUUCCAAACUUCGUGCCUGUCAUACCGUUGCCCGCGAAGGUGAAAGUCACCACCGGCGAAGAGGAGGAAGACACUCUGUAUUGCGGCCGGGCAAAGCUGUUUCGCUUUGUCGACAAAGAGUGGAAGGAGCGCGGUGUCGGUGACGUGAAACUACUACGCAAUAAGGAAGGCAAGGUACGCCUGUUGAUGCGUCGUGAUCAGAUCCUGAAGAUCUGUGCGAAUCACAUGCUGCGGCCCGACAUGGAAUUGAGCCCUAUGACAAACAACAACAAGGCUUGGUUCUGGGUCGCUAACGAUUUUGCCGACGAGGAGGUGAAGCUGGAGAAACUUUGCAUUAAAUUCAAAACUUCGGACGAGGCGAUGGCGUUCAAGGCGAUGGCGUUCAAGGAUGCCUUUGAUCGGGCCAGGCUUAAUUUACCCGCAAUCUCUCCGGGAAAGCCGCCCAAGAGCAGCGAGAAAGCUUUCUCUAGCGACAAAGACUCGUCCAAGACCCAGAAAUCACAGCCAAUGCAACAAGCCAAGAUAAGUUCAUCGACGGAAGUAUCCUCGGACAAAUCGAAAUUCAGCACGACACUAGGAGGAUUCUCCUUCAGUACUGAACCUAUUAUUCAGCAGGUUAGUGAUACGGAAGUGGGCGAUUCCAAAAAGAUCGAAGAACCUCCGAAAAUCAGUCCGUUUAGCGGAUUUUCGUUUACUAAGUCAACCAGUAAACCUGAAACGAAGACUACUACCGUAACAAGCGCCGUCUCGACGCCAUCCGCGAGCUUCGUUUUCGGAGCCUCGACUCCGACAAUGAAUUCACAGACACCUAUUCUGACGAGCACACCCUCAAAUGCAUCGCCGCUAUUUACCUCUCCCACAACAACCGGCCAGAAUUCUACAACAUUGAGGAGACCUCGCUUGCCGCCACCCGGCGCCAUUAAACAGGGCUCACCCAACGAAACGCGAACGCCGAAUGAAAAUGAUCAUAAGUUGUUUGUCGGAACGGCAAGCCUUAAAUGUCAAUCGGUCAACAGUGCCAACGCCAUGCAGUGGAAGAAUAGGGGUACAGGAGAGAUGAUGCUACUGUUAAACAUCAAAUCCGGUAAGCUUCGAUUGUUACUGACGGAUGACGAUACCUCCAAGAUCUAUUUUCAUGGAGUUCCACUGGACAUGGCGUUUACAUAUAAGAGUGGCACUACAGUUGUUAAUUGGACUGUUCCGGUAGAUGCCAAAGAACCCGGUAAGACUUGGUCGUUACACGCUGCGACCUUCAGCACGCCAGAAUUAGCAUCGCAGUUCUACAACGUCGUAUCGAGUUGCCAGCAGAAGUUAAAAGUUAAAGGUAGCAAUCCGAGUGACAUCGCGAAGGAGUUUGAGAAGAAAUCUCAGACAUCGUCAAGCGAGAGCAAGAGUCAAAAUGGCGCGGAAACGAAGCCGUCGUUGUCAGAACUGUUUAAACCUCCGAUCGGUUCUUGGGUGUGCAACAGUUGUUAUACCAGAAACAAUGCCACGGACACAAAAUGCUUAGCCUGCGAAGAAAGCAAGCCUAUUAGUUCCGAUAAACUACCAUUGUCAGAAGUAUACAAAAUACCCGCCGGUUCCUGGACUUGCCCGACAUGUUAUGUCAUUAAUUCUCCGGAAUCUGACUACUGUCUCGCCUGCAACGAGCCUAAGGACCCGUCACAGCCGCCUAAACCGCAGCAGGCCAACAUUUUUCAGCUAAACACGACCUCUUCCGGCACAACACCCAUGACCACGUUUUCCUUCGGCAUUCCUAAAGAUACUGCCAAGGAAACGCCCACGUUUAGUUUCCGAAUGCCGAUAGAAGAUAAGGGCACGGAUGCGAGUGCGAAGAUAAUUUCGUCCAAACCCGAGGAGACCACAGGCACCAACUUUGUAUUUGGUAUACCGGUGAAGAGCAACAUCACGAAUAACUCGCCGUUUACUUUCGGCUCGCCUACCAAAUCCUUCGACUUUAACUUUACGGCCAAGUCGCCGGCUAAGUCGCCCGGUGGUGGCGAAACUAGCGAAGACGAAGUGGUAGAGAGUGAGGACAUUCACUUUUCGCCGAUCAUACCGUUGCCGGAUAAAAUUGAGGUGAAGACUGGCGAAGAGGACGAGGAGGUGCUCUACAGUCACCGAGCGAAACUCUUCAGGUUCGAUACCUUGGAGAAGGAAUGGAAGGAACGUGGAUUGGGUGACAUUAAGCUGCUACGUCACAAAGAGACCGGCAAGCUGCGGCUAAUUAUGCGUCGAGAUCACGUACUAAAGUUAUGUCUGAAUCAUAUAGUGUCCAAUGAUUUGGAAUUUACACCAAAGGACGAGAAAUCAUGGCUGUGGUCCACCGCGGAUUACAGCGAGGGCGAGAUUGAAUAUAUGCAGUUUGCCUGCCGUUUCAAAACGGCUGAGAUUGCAGCGGACUUUAAGAAAGCGAUCGACGAUGCCAGGAAGAACAUUAAAUCAUUGGAUAAACCUACUAUAAAAACGCCGAUCAAGACUGCUAGUUCACCAGUUAAGGAACUCGAGAUCGUUUACGAAGUGAAGGUCUCUCCAGAGGACAAGGCGGCAGCCUUAAAAUUGCAGCUACCGGAGAAUUUCUACGCUUACAAACAAAAAGAAGACUGUCCAGGCUGCAGAGGCUGUAAGAAACCGAGUAUAGUACUAUAUCCGAACACCGCUGAGCAAGAUUCGUCGAAAUGGAAGCUGAUGCCGGAAGAAAAGAAGGUGACAAUACAAUCGAAAGUCAACACGAGCACAAGUUUAUUGAGCCGUCCUUCGAGUACCAGCGAGACUACCCAGUCUGCGUCUGUAAAGAAUGGCUUCUCCUUUGCGUCAGCCGCUACGUUCAAAUCUCCGAGUACCGCCAGCUUCGACAGCUCCGCGAUGAGCUUUGGCACUGGCGAUAUGAAGUUGUUUAACGACAAGAAAACCACGACUUUUUCAUUUGGCAUGAAUCCUCAAUUCGGUACGAAUGAAACAGCGUCAACGACGAAUGCUUUGCUGGAUAAUCUCAAGAUCUGCAGUCCUUCUAACGUUCAAACAACGCAGACAACCGCGACCAGCGUAACUGGACAACCAAUUUUUGGCCAAACAUCCAUCUUCAAAACGUCUAAUUUUCCCUUCGAUUCCGACAAGAGCAUUUUCGGCGGUGCUUCGAAAACUCCGAUUUUCGGCGAGAGCAGCGGUGACAAUGCCGUUUCUUCUUCCACCGCUGUGAAAACAACCCCCGUUACAGCAACAAAUUCUGUUCCGAAGACGUCGACCGUAGUCACCACGACAAUGACCAAUCAGUCCUCCAAUUCGGUGUUUGGCGCCAAUUCUACACCUUUCUCUAAAAUAACAUUCGGUAACAGCGCUUCGUCGUUUGGUUCAACGGGUUUCGGUAUAACGUCGCUGACGAAUAUCUUCAGUGGGACGACGGCAGUAACAACGAAUAUUUUUGGCGGAACAACAACCACGACGACGACGACGGCGGCGAAUGUCUUUAGCGGUACGACGACGAUGACGACAACGGCGAAUGUCUUCGGCAAUACAACAACGGCGAAUAUCUUUGGCGGGUCAAUAGCACCGACAACGACAAACAUCUUCGGCAGCGGGACGACUGCGCCAACGACGACGAAUAUCUUCGGCGGAAUGCCAUCCGCAACGAACGUCUUUGGUACAGCGACUACAAAUGUUUUUGGUGCAACAGCAACGCCGACUAUUUUUGGCAUGAAACCGUCAGAUAAUGAUCAGAAAAUCGAGGAUGAUCCCAAUUUCUUCGCACCGAAUGAUAUGUCUUUCUCGAUGCUCGCUGCAUCGGUGGCGAAGCCGGAGGCCUUCAAAAGUGAUCCCAACUUUUCGUUUGCUGGUGCGGGUUCAUCGGUAUUUGGCUCAAAAUCCGCUACAUCGCAAAAUAGUACAGUUCAAAAUAAAUCACGUGAAGAAAAAGAAGAUAAUGAAGAGGAUGACGGCGAGGUAGAUAAUGAGCAAGAGCACGAUCCUCACUUUGAACCUAUUAUACCUUUACCGGAUGCCAUUGAAGUCCGAACUGGUGAAGAAGAUGAGGAAAAAGUGUUCUGUCAUCGAGCCAAGUUGUACAGAUAUGAUAACGCGUUGAAGGAAUGGAAGGAGCGUGGUGUUGGUGAAAUGAAAAUACUGCAUCACGUGGGCCACGGCAGCUACCGGUUGCUGCUACGCCGGGAACAGGUUCACAAGGUUGUUUGUAAUUUCCUGAUCACCCCCGACGUGGAGUUCCAUCCACUCUCCACGUCGAAUCAGGCCUGGAUGUGGGCUGGCAUGAACUACGCUGAGCAGGAGCCGUGCGUCGAACAGUUGGCGGUUAAAUUUAAAUCUCCCGACCUUGCUCGGCAAUUCAAGGCGCACAUCGAUAACAUUCAACAUGAAUUACGCGAGAAGAGAACUACCGAAGGUGAAAGAUGUAUCGGUGAAGCGGACAGCGAGGAACACGAUGUAGAUCGAGGCAACGAUGUAGAUGAAGAAGAAGAAGAAGAAGAGGAAGAUGAUGAGGAAGAGGAAGAUGAGGAGGAUGAAGAGGAUGAUCAAGAGAUGCUUCCUAUAAUCGAGAAACGUGCCACUGUAUUCGCGAGAUGGCCUAACGAUAACAAGUGGGAGAGUGUUGGCUUAGGAAAUUUGGCAAUCCAUUACGAUUCCGAGAUCUACGCGGAGAGAAUCGUCCUGAAACUCGACGACUCAGAGGAAUAUGCGAGCAACACCAUCAUCAGCAUGGAUACAGUCAUGCGGGUAGAAGGCAAGGAGUGUAUUUGGAGCGGAAUCGAUUAUGCUUUGGAUCCUCCAAUGAGGAGAGUUUUGAGGGCAGUUUUUUCGUCGGUGCAAGCAGCGCAACAAAUGCAUACGUUUUUCGAAGAUGGAGUAGACAGCGCGAAGCAAGCCGGUGUCGUCGAGUAUGAAGAAGGGGAAUAAAAAUCCUUAGUUAAUAAGUAGCUGCUAAUUGGCUGUUGUUACAUAAUUCAUUACCUUCCUAUGUUAGAGUAAAUGUUAAAUGGGUUGUUUCUUGUCGCUCUUCUCAAAUUGUAAAAAAUAAGUAAGACAAAUCGUACCGCUAGUUUAUUUUUAAGUACAGCUUUCUUUUUUCUUUUUUUUUUUUAAUAGAAUCAAGAUACGUGCGGAGUUUGACAAGUACAAUUAUCAAUGUAUGCACGUGAACACAAAGUGCGAGUUCGCGUAAUAUAAUUUAUGUGCUGCGAGAGAUACUUAUUUAUAAUAACGACACAAAAUUAAAAAAAAUUGGAAGAUCAAACAUUACGAUGUCUAAUUCAUUCUUUUUUUAUAUACUAGUCUAUAUAUAAGAAUAGUUUGCCUCUUUUUUCUUAAAGGUCCAUCUAUAUCUAUCGUAAUGUUUAUUGUAAAUUCUUUAUGAUGAUUAUAACGUUCGUCGUAUUAGCAGUCGUAAGCUCAUCAUUGAGUUGUCUCAACUUCAACUUUUAACCCUUAAACACUUUACUAGAAAUCCUAAAUUUUUGAUCGCUUACUAUGUAAAAACAGAAUGAGAUAGAAGAUUCGGACUAGGUGGAAAAAAAAAGUUUGAAGUUUCCCUUAUCGAUCGCUAUAAUUGACCAAUUUCAUUGCUCAACCAAAAUAAAAUGGUACGGAAAUAAAGUUUUUUCAGGAAAGUCUCCCAGAUUGCCUAGUGUGUUUAAGGGUUAUUGAAAAAUGAUGGAUUGCGAUUGUAUACGAUUUGUAGACAAACAAUGUUUACGACGAUUUCUUAUGAUCGCUUAUAAUUAAAACGUUAUGAUAGAUAUAGAUAGAUUUUAAUAAAAUAUGAUAUGUGCCAAAACUGAAAAUCGCUUUCUAUCUUGCGAUGAAAGCACUAUCUCCGUAGCUAUACCAACAACUAUUUUUAAAAAAUAACUAUUAAUUAUUUUCGAGACUAUAUGUACUUUUAAGUGAACGUUUGCGGAAAUCUCAAUAAGAAUCACGCGUUACAUAUGCUCACAGUAAGACCAAUAAGAUAAUAGCACAAGUACAACAAUGUCCAUGCUGAUAACUUUCUAUUAAUUACGAUUGUUAGGUUGAAAGGAAGGUGAUCGCGAGAUUGCAAAGAGUUGUUACAGCAUUGAAAUUAACAGCUAUAUUGUAAAUAACACGUGAUCUCGUAGUUACGCCCGAUAAAGUAUAAUUGUAUACAUCGGACCGAAAUAGAAAUUGUCGCAUGAGGAAAUAUAUAUAGAUCAUUGUGUAACGUAACACACAUUGUGUAACACGUGUAACACAUAAAAGUAUUAAAUUAAACAUUUCAUUGAAAUAUU